CACACAGUUCACCCACAACAUCGUGACCACACACAGCUCAAAGCUUACCCCUAUCCUCAAUUUAUCACCACCUACCCUACAAUGCACGAGCUCUUCCUCACCGCCGCCGUGCCCGGCGAACAUGUCAAAGAGGCCCUGAAAAUCCUCCAAGGCUUGUGUGCCAUGCCACCCGCCCACAGCUACCAGCGAGUUCUCACAUACGAAGGCCCCAGCGCGCAACUCGUGCCCAUCCCAGCAGCGCGAGUGCAAAACAGACGACCGCAGGAUAGAGAGGUGUGGAAUGAGUUGAAUAAGCAGCUGGUGAGGCAGUCGCAUUAUAUCACGCUCGCGUUUGCGGCGGAGAAGGGGGAGUUUGGGGUUGGUGCGGAGGAGAGGGUGGGGGAGAAGCCUGUGAUGGACCUGGAAGAGGCACGUGGAACGCUGCACUUUUAUGACUACCCAGAGCCCCCGCACCCGUCAAGGCCUGUGAAUAGUCGGCUUGUUAUUCAUAUUCCCGAUGAGCCAAAACUGCCGUCACUUCUACGGAGCAUCAAAUAUACGCACUACUCGCAAAGCCUGCGUGAAAUCUACAACUUCUACAGGGACAACGUUACAUUCACGCUGUCUCGCGAACUCCAACGGAAGCAGCAGAAUGGCGUGAUAGACGUGGAGGAAAGCACGCCACAAGCAUCGUCUGACAUCCGUGAUUACAUACCCUUUGAUGGGGAGAACAAAUGGGUCUUGAGGGCCUCGGUGGAGGUUACGGACGAGAAGGAAGGUCCUCUCGUGCAGAGAGGCAUUGAAGAGCUUCUCAAAGUGCAGAGUGACCUAGCUGGCCUCUACGAGUUCUCAAUACUGGAUAGAGCAGUCCUCGAUACCAGAGUGCCUGCCUUCCUUGAGCAAUUACGACGGAGGUGAAGUCCGAUGAUGGAUUACAAAUGAUAUAAAGUCACAUGACUUGCUUCGAUGAAGCCAUACUGCACUACACUACUCUAGGAGGGGGGAGCCGAACGGAGAAGACGGAGAAAGGGACGGAGAUCACAUAUGUAAUGGCAGAAGUGAAAAGUCAAAAAGUCAAAAUAAAGCUUACUUUAGUGGGAGGCGAAAUACAGUACAUGCUGCACAUCCUGCCCACAUCCUGCGGAGAGCAGACGCGGAGUACAGGACAGCAUCUGCCGUAGUGCCGUAGCGAUGGCAUAAUCAAGACAAUUAAGGC